AUGAACACAGACGGGAGUACGGUAAGUUAUGAAUUCCUUGUUUUGAACAACUUUCGGCAUUCCUACAAAAAAUUGUUCCAGGUUGACUUAUCGAAUCGUGUUGGCCAGCUAUUUAUGAUGGACAAUGACUUCUUCCGGUCUCCCUUUAUGAGAGAAAAGAUCCCAAGAAUGUUGUUCAGUAAUGGUAAAAAUUUUUUUUCUUAAAUUAUGCUACAGGAAUGCGUGGAUUAGAAAAUCAAGCCAGAGCUUCAUCAACUACACCUUGUAAUCAUGGUUUAAGUAUGAAUGACGUUUCCAGAAACGCCAUUGUCAGAGAUGUGCCAAUAAGAGCUGCGGUAAGAAUUGAUUUUCUUUGCCAAUCUGGUUUCUGAAGAGGUCGUGAUCAUUAAUUCUUUAGACUCUUUCCACCAAACCAAACUUCAUUGAGAUCUCAAGUGUAAGGAAUUCGACUCCAACAUUAAUUUCGCGUACUCUGUAAGUCCUCUAUAAACAAUUUUCAUCUAGCGUUUAGAAAAAGGCCCGAUUUUUCACAGCCGUUAACGGCCUUUGAAUCCACACCGGAUCUACUUCAAAGAGACAGAUUCGUGACAAAUGGGUGAGUUUUAAAUAAAUUAGAAAUGAGGACUGUAGGCAAACAACAUUGUCUACGACUUUGUAUCUGGUUUUAGCCUGGAUCAGCGUUCAACGGAUUAUACGCCCCAUCUAAGUCCCGGGAAAUCCGAGAAUACAGGAGAAUCAGUCCCGGAUCUGAGCACUCAAUUUGGUUCUUUAAGAAAUGACAAUACUUCCAACAUUCAAAAAAAGAACUCGAAAGAUUCUUGGGGCCGUGAUGACUCACUCUUAAGACCAGCGAUGCCAAAUCUCAGAAAUGACAUUGGAUAUCACGAAAAUCAACAGUGAGUGGUUUGAAGAAAAUUGUCACUCAAAUUAUUUUAGGAUACAUGAAAAGCCGACAAGUUUUAAAUUGAACGCUAUCAAACCACCUCCUACUUCAGAUUCUGUGCAUCACAGUUUUCCGAUAAGGUAAGAUCGGAUAUUCCCUUCGCUAUUGGUUCAGUUCUUCUCGUUCAACAACUCCUACUCAAAACCAAGGAACAUUUUCUAACACCGCAAAACUUCCUCCUCUCAUGACCCUUCAUCGCGGGAUCGUAAUAGCUUCUUCAACUGUUCGUCAUUUUCCAAAACCGGUGGACUCGGGAACAAGCCGACUAACGAGAAGCGAAGAGAGGAGAACCAACGAUUUCGGGAUGUUCCCUUCUUCGUCAUUGAAGUCCCUUCCAUCUCUCCAUAAGGAACCCCCAAAGGAAGAACCGCGAUUGAACAGCUUCCUUAGCCACAGAUCCAAUUCAUUGCAAGAGGUAACCAAACCGAUAUCUUCCAGAACCAACAGCAAUCCUAAUUUGUAUCCAAAGACGUUCUCUCGGCCUGUAGAGUCGACUGAUCCCGUUGAGGAAGCAAUCAGAAGUCUCGAAACAUUUGGUAGGAUAUUUGAAAAAAAAACUUUAUUUGUGACUCUAGAUCCCAACGAGCUUAUCAAUUCUGGUUUAAACAAGAAUUACUCUAUGUCCUCUCCCAGCCUAAAAGUAUAUCCAAAACAACCGGGCUCACAAAAAAACCCUACCUCACCACCAUUGCCCACGAACAAAGAAAGUUACCACCAUCUUCUUCAAACCGUAGAAAUCCUCCGUCUUAAUUGUGAAAAGAUGACGCAAUUGUCAUCAAGAUCAGGUUGGAGGACGUAUGGGGAACUGGAAAACAAUCUAAACGACAUGAAGAGAAUUUUUGAAGUCGUAAAGACUGCAGUGAACAGAAUAUGUAACGACCCAAGCAACAUAGAACAAAUAUUUUCCCGUCGUAUUUUGGAAGAGUUAAAAAAAAUUUUCGAAGACCUCCAGUUUAUGGAAGCAGACCAAUGGAGCUCACGGAAACUUUGGAGAGGAGCUUGGGCUAAUGAAGGCAUUGAUGACGACUUAGACCGUUUUAGCAUGAUAACGCGGAAGGUAAGAAGUUGCAUUCGAAUACUAAUAUUUGCAGAUCCUAGUCUUACUUAACGCAAUGGAUGCUGUGAAAGAGAUUGGGCAUAAGAUCCCUCUGGCACCAAGCCCCGAAGAUUUUGCAAACAGAGGUUUCAAGGAAAGACACCGCGGCUCGUCUAUAACCGAUCUAAACUAUGGAACCUUGCCAUCAUCAAUGCCUUCAAGUCAGCUCGACAGGUUAACUUUGCCGCGGGAACUUACUUCAUUCUACAGUUCCCUUCCAAGAUUAUCCAGUCAGGUGGAAUCACAAGAUGUGAUGGAUGGAGGGGAAUCAACGACUAGUUCAACAAACUCGGACAGUCCCACAUUCAGUGGUAGAAGCCUCGCAGAAUCGAAGGACACUCUAAUUCCUGAACAAUCAUACCUACCCCCAGACUCUCCAGAAUCAAGGGUGGUUAUGGAAGAAGAUGAUCUUAUGUCUCUAAACAUUUCAAUGAAUGUUAACGAAACAGUAAGUGUAAGACCAAUUACUAACGGAUAUACAUACUAGCUACGCGUAAUUUCCGUUUUUUUAUUUUUUUAACAUGGCCCCAACAGGGUAGCUCUUAUGGAGUUAGGCGUACGGGGUGGAGACCUAUGGAGCAAGUACCUGGUUUGCCAUUUCAAAAUUUUAUUCAAAUUCUCCAAAAAAUUCCUUUUCGCAAGUCCCGAAACGAAAACAUUUCAAAAAUUUGUUCAAACCCUCCCAAAUUUUUUUCCAAGUCCCGAAGCAAAAACAUUUCAAACAUUUUUCAAAUUCACCAAAAAAUUCAAAACUGAACCACAACAAUUAACGAAUAGUAAGGAUCAAUAUUCCCCGGGACCCGGCAACCCCGGUAUUUGCCUUUGCCCCGCUCAUCCCGUAAGGGCUGCCUAGUACGUUCCACCCGUAAGAUACAUCCCGUUUAAGGGCGUACCUAGUCCUUUUGAGAGACCUGAAUUGACUGGCAACAUAAAUGAAGAAGAUCAAGAGAUCCUCGAGUUUUGUGCUAUACAGGUCAACCAAAACAAUGAGAAGCUGAAUCGUUUGGCACAAACUUUUUACAACGUCAUCGAGAAUGGAGGCAGCCCAGACAAGUUCGGACAGAAGGCAAAGAUGGUAAUAAACUCCGUUCCGUUGCAACUCAUUUUAGAUUGUGAUGGUAGGCAAAGUCCAAACUCAGCUGGCCAAAAACAUCGCCUCCAGCCUGCAAACUGUGAAUUACAAAGCCGAGUUCGCGAAAACGGCACAGUUAUUGGAAAACACCGUCAACUAUUGUGAGGAAAGUAUUCAAACAGCUAUAAAACAGGUAAGAAACAUAAGAAACUCGAAAUAAAAAAUUGCAGUAUCCGCAAGUGGCAACUAUUCAAUCCUUGAUCUCCGCCGUUAAUAGUAUUUGUCAACAGUCUCAAAACUUGAACAUCCUCUUGACAAUCUCGAUGUAUAAAGAAAUUUAA